UGUUACGUAAGCCUCUACGCACACGGAUACAUUUGAGCAGGAAACUUCAGUGGGGUCGGUUAGUCAGUCACUGUGUUUUCAUCAGAGCGUUACAGCUGUCAACCUCGUACACUACAUCUUUAAGUUUGCCAGGAUGGUUGUGCUUUCCAAAGAAUAUGGAUAUGUGGUGUUGACUGGCGUUGCCAGUAUGGUGAUGAUUGGACAUCUGGCCAUUAAAGUUGGCAAAGCCCGCAAGAAGUACAAUGUACAGUAUCCCCAGAUGUACAGUGACGACCCAGAAACUGGAAACAUUUUCAACUGCAUCCAGCGUGCACACCAAAACACCCUGGAGUUCUACCCCGCCUUUCUUUUCAGCCUGGCAGUUGGUGGUGCGCAUGCUCCUCGUCUUGCCAGUGGACUUGGAGCUGUAUGGAUUGUAAGCAGAGAGGUGUAUGCACAUGGGUACUCCACAGGAGAUCCUAAAAAACGAAGGUGGGGAGCGUUUGGGAAUGUGGCUUUUCUCGGGUUGAUGCUGUCCACCGCCUGCUGCGGCUGCACCCUGCUUGGUUGGAAGGGACCACAGAACCCCUUCUCUGGUUGAAACUGUUACUAGUAGGGACGAAGUCUUCAGGAUGGACUCACUCAGUCAUUCACCUUAUAAUAAAAGCCACUCUUCAUAACCCAUAUACAUUACAACAUGUGUAACCUCUGACCAAUGUAACUGUUCUCCAGAAAGAGAAAUUCCUCAUUUAUGACUUAUACUGGUCGGCACACCCACAACACACAAGAUCUGUCAGUUUGUCUUGAUAGCAUUUUCAACUGCACCCUGAUUUGGAAAUUUGAAAUUAGCUGGCCACUUGACAUGAAAUAUCUUUCAUAUUUUUUGCAAUAGAAAAAUGAAGGUAGUGUUAUAAAAAAUGUUUGAUGGACUUUGUAUUUGCUUAGCUGAAAAAAUCAAAUUUUGCACAUUAAUGAAUAACUUAACAUGGCUAGUCAAAAAUAUUGCUGUUGUCCAGUAAAGUGAUUAUAAUUAUCUUUUUAUAUAGAUAUUUUUUAGAUGUUUCUCAUAGUAAAAAACAGGGUUUCGACUAGUCAUACUGACAAUAUUAAAUAUACAUUGGUUAUAAAUUAUCUUGUGCUUUUUUUGUUGAGAGUUGAAUGGGUAUUGAAUAAAUGUGAGGUUUUGUUAACAUUGGUGUGUGUUUAAGGGAGGGGCUUUCUUUUUGUUAAGCUGAGUAAUUGUUCAAAGUCCACAUUAAUUGAUUUGGUGGGUGGAUUUAUAUCUCUGCAGAGGUGUUGGCCUCAAAUCCAACUGCUAAAUAAAAUGCCACACUGGUUACAAUGA